AUGGCGGUUCAUUACCAGUUGGAAGGGAUUUUCAUACCCAAUGCUUGGUGUUCGGCAAAUGCGGGCGGCGGUGUCGAUAAGGUUCCUACCCGGGAGUCUCCUCUAUGUAAGAUUCGUCUUCUUGAACUCGUUCGUGAACUAGACGUUCCUGGUUUGUAUGUAAAUGCUUUGAACGAAAUAGAAGUCCUAGGAAAGGACAAUGAGGGGAACAAGAAGUUCAUGGAGGACGCUGGUGUAGCCAGAGCUGUGAUCUUGUUGUUGAUACGAUGUUACGAUGAAAGUAAAACGAUGGGGACUGAACAAGCUUUGAGGAUUCUCUGUCAUGUUUGGACACCAUCAGGUGAAAUCAAGGCAUUUUUGGAUGAAAAUCAUCGGCUCAUUGACUGUCUAACAUGGAUUCUCGGGUGCGAAGUCGAGAACCAUGUCCUCACCAAGACUCUCGCAAUGCUUUCAUUGAAACGGGUGAUCGAGGCAUCCAAUACGAGGUCGUUGGAGAAGUUGAAACCCGAGUUCAUGAAACAAAUGUUAACGGUAAUUAAAUCGAAAAUCUCUCAACAAGCGACCAAAUCCUCCUUGCAAGUUCUGAUCCAAGCGUGCCUUCAAGGACGAAACAAGAUGAAGAUCGUCAAGGCCAACGCGAUCUUCGAGCUCAUCGAAUUCGAACUCGAGAAACCGGAAAAGAACAUAUCGGAACUGAUCUUCAACCUUCUGGCACAUCUAUGUUCAUGCGCCGAUGGUAGAGCCGAGUUUCUUCGCCAUGCGGGAAGCAUAGCGAUGGUGGCGAAAAGGAUCCUGAGAGUUUCUCCGGCAACCGAUGAUCAAGCCGUUUGCAUACUUUCGUCGAUCUCGAAAAAUGCAGCAACAAAAGAAGUACUUUUAGAGAUGUUGAAGGUUGGGGCAGUGACAAAGCUAUGCAUGGUAAUUCAAGCAGAUUGUCCAACAUAUCUGAAACAGAAAGCCAGAGGGGUCCUUUGAUUGCACUCUAAUUUGUGGAGUGAUUCUCCUUGUAUUGCUGUUUAUCUGUUAACCAGGCACCAAAGGUAACUCAUGGUGACAAAAGUA